GAGCCGCAGCACCUGCUAGGGAAAGACACCGACCGGCAGAGGGGGUUUACACACACACACACACACACACACACACACACACAGACGGGAGUUUCAGCUUGCAGCGGUGACGCAGUGAGCCAGCUGAGUGUUUGUCUUUUUUUAACACACACACACACACACACACACACACACAGAGAGAAAGAGGAGCCAGAGAGAGGGGGGACCUCGUUUACCAGCUUUGUGGUUGUCAUUCAUUCAGCAACGUUUUUUAAUCAAACCUAACAACUCAGUCCACUACAGGUGAUGAUGCUCGACUCUGAACGUUGAUUUCAACUCCAUUUAUUCACCAAACCGAUCAUAUGCACAUAGAAGAAUACAUUGAAGAAGAUGAGGAACCACCUUUGCAGCUCAGCUCUUGUCCUUCUCAUGGUGUUUGGCUAUGGCGGGACUGCAGCAGUGCAGUGUCGGUGGGGGGAAGGAUGUGUGUGUCUGCAAUGCCCUGCUGGCCAGCAGCCUUCCAAGGCUUGUGGGCAGAUCCAAAGUCCAACAGAGGAAGUGCAAUGCCGAUUGUGCCCAACUGGAAGCUUUUCACACGCAUUCGACUCUGAACUUUGCCAUCCACACGCCUCCUGCAAGAUCCUCAGCCGUAAGGUUGCAACCCCUGGCAAUGCGACCUCUGAUGCAGUCUGUGGGGACUGUCUGCCUGGGUUUCACUCCACUGCCACAGGGGAAGUUUCCAGCCAAAGUCCCUGUGUGAGAACAUCUUUGCAUGUCAGAACGGUCCGUACAGUGGGUAAAGGUCCAUCCAGCGGUGCAGGAGGGCCGGUCAACGGCACGGUGGUACGCAGUGCUGAGGAGAAGACGGCAGAGUACGCUGUGUUCGCUUUGGUGCCCAUCUUCUGCGUCAUGGGUCUGCUGGGUAUCCUUAUCUGCAACAUCCUGAAGAAGAAGGGAUACCGCUGCUCUGCUGACAAGGAGGGAGGGGAUGAAGAAACUGCCACACCACAGAAAGAAGGUAACAGUUGUCCCUACAUAUCUGACGACCUGAAUGAAGACACCAUCAGUGUUCUGGUUCGCCUCAUCACUGAGAAGAAAGAAAAUGCUGCUGCACUAGAGGAACUGCUGCUGGAGUAUGAGAGCAAACAGAUGGCCAUGAGCAAAGGCUCGUCAAUCAGGUUCCCGAUGCUGUCUCCCCUGUCCCCGUUCCGCUCCCUCCCCAGGCUGUGCCCCCAUCAGUCCCAUCUCCACACCAUCUCUGGCCUCUCCGGCCUGGCCCCCAAACACGGCUACCGCUGCACCCGCUGCGCCCAGAGAAAAUGGCCCCCUGUCCUCAUACCUCCCCUGGAUUCCCUCAAAGAUCCCCUGAAGCCCCCCCAGACCCUCAUCCUGCCCUCCCUGGACACACCCACCGACCAGCAGAAGAGGCCCCUGCUGGGGGGAGUGUUUGUCGACACCCACCAUACACAAGCUGCUGUGCCAAAUACUGUACAGGAAAAAGUAGAAGGGAGUGAAGUGAAGGAGAAGAAGGAGGGAGAGCUGACGGUGUUAUCUGUGGGGAGAUUUCAAGUCGCUCAGAUCCCUGAGCAGAAGCCUGUCUCCGUGGAAACCAAGACAUCAUCCCAGGAGCACCAGAACUCACUGUUUGGAGGGAAACCCUUCUGCUCCUCUUCAUCAUCUGGCAUCAGGAGGUGAAGAGACAGAGAGAUGGUGUACGAUAACGCUACCUCGCUGAAGAUGACCUCAUCAUUCGCUGACGACUUGAUAGCUGGCAGGGAGAGUGUUUCUAGACGAGUGACACCAAGAAACCACAAUAACCACCUCCCGUUGGAAGAAGUUGUUUCUAUUCAUGCGAUAAGAGGAAUAAAACUGUAUUUAUUGUUAGAUAAAAAAAAUAUUGUACUUCACAGAUGCAUCAGAUGUACCAUCAUAGAAGUACAACUCAAGUCACAGCUACUUCACUGUCCCAAUCCAAAGAGAUACACACAAAGGGGCAGAGUGGAGAGUAUAGCUUUGUGAUAAUCAACCUGACACUAGAAAAAAGAAUGAGUGGGAGAAAACAAAGAAGAGAAGUUUGGAUCAUAACUAAAUGCACUCUUAGCCCAUGUAUUUGUGCUUCCAUGUUAAAAGAAAAUAGACACAGGGUUAAAACACACAUAGGUGGACACAUACAAUACAUGUAGACAGACACAUCUACAUUACUUGUGUACAAUGAAGAGGACAAAACACUGUGGAAUACAUUACUGACAAAACUCAAACACUGAGACAAACUCAUUCAAGUGUGUACAUUAAAAAAAGAGGAAAACAUCAAGCCAAGUUGUCUGCAAUCAAGUGCCAUGUGAUCGAUGAAGGUUUUCAUUACCAACAGACUGAGCAAAUCUGGCUUGGCUGAAAUAAAAACCUAUAUGAUUUUGGGUCUUGUGACACUUGAUUAAAGACUACAAUAGCACUACAGUAAGUAUUAUAAGGAAACAAAUGUUAUAAAAUUCAAUAACAUUUUGAUGUUUUAAAUAUUUUUUGUAAGUUUAGUGAUCUAGCUGCUCUUUAUCGGUGAGUUGAGGUUUUAGACCUUGAAGAUGUUGAAUGUAGUCUUAACAGAAGACGCUCAUCUCACUCGCUGAGUUCACUAGAACCUCUGAGAGUUUGAGAAACAUUCAUUCAGCAAUGUACGCCUAGUACAUUGCCAGUCAGCAUUAAUAACAUCUGUAACUUUAAAGCUCUUAGAGUUUGUCCAAGUAGGUGAUAAGGGGCCAAAAUGUGUUUUUAAGAGUGGGUCCCAGUACUGUAUCACAGCAUUUGUUUUGUUUUUUGUUUUUACAACACUGCAUCCCAAAGGCAGUUAGAGGCUGCAAUUGUCAUUUGGGUCCUGGGGUGAAAAAGUAGAUGGGUAGAUAUCACUUUUGUAGAACAGAACAUUUAAAUGAAUGUACAUAUGUAAAUAUGGGUGGGUAUAGAGAAACAGACCAUACCUGGCUUUUAUCAUUUUUAGCAACCAGUAUGUAUGAGGUGAAAGACACUGCACCAAUGAGUGACAUCUGUAAUCCAUCAAUCAAAAACUGGUAAAUUCUGUCACACCAAUAUGCAUUCAAGCUGAAGUGCUGGUUAAAAUCAACAUGAUGUGAUUUUUUUCACCAUUUGAGUGCAACAUUUCAGUGUUUUCCUUUUCUUUUGCAAAACAAACUGUUACGGUUUUCCAUUCUCAUCAUGAACCUUUUAAACCUAAUGUCCUACACACAUACACACACACAUACAGUACACAUAGCCAGACUCCAGUUAUUCAAUCUGCAUAACUGUAAGAGACCACUUUUUAUUGUUUAAUUAAAUAAACCAACCAGUGGCUGCAGAGGAUUAGUGGUUGAGAUGCCUCAAAGUCAUGCAGCUCAGCUGGCUUCAGCUUACAUCCUCGUGGCUUUUAAAGAGUGUACUAUAAUCAUAGAGGUUUUUUAGCUACUCAUUUUCAUAUUUUCUUAUUAUGUUGUUACAAGGAAUAUGACAACAUGUCUGGAGGACUGGAUAUUUAUUGGUUGCAGCAGUUACAUGUUUUCAUUUCUUACUAUCAUUAGGAUUAUUAUUACAUGUUUUAAAGCUGAAGUGUUGCUGGUAGGAAGGAAGGAUUAAAAAAACAUUCAUCUCAUCAAGUUUGUAGAUUGCAUUAAUAAUAUUACAUUUUUCUGUAUGAUGUUUUUACUUUUGAAAUAAAGAAGAGGUGUAUUUUAAAUGA